GUCAAGCGCAUCGGCGACGACGGCACCAAAGCCAUCUCCAUCUACAUCCCAGUCCAGCACCAAGCCACCAAAGGCUACAUCUCCAUAGUUAAAUUCGAACUUCCACACACCUUCGAGCGUUCGGCGGCGCCGAGACCGGUGGCAAGAAUGGCUUCCUUGCCUUAA